AAAUAAUUGCUAAUAUGUCUAGGCAUUUGCAGUUAUCGAAAAUAGUGCGGUAUUUAGACUACUCGAGAUUGUCAAUUCGAUUUCAAAAUUCUUCGAGACGAUAUCUUGUUCGAUCGUUUGCGAGCAUUAGAGUCGACGAGACCCUGCAGAAGACACCCAAGACGUUGAUCCUGAGGAAAGAGUUAACCAAAAAAGAAAUUGUUAUUGAGAAUGGAGACACUGGGGAUAAACGGCUGGUUAGAAGAUUUUUGCAGAUUUUCCUGGUUCUCAUACGCGUUGUUUUAAUCACGUCCAUCGCUUCUUUAUUGAUUACUCUGUAUUAUAUCAGCCCAAAAAUGUACUCUGCAUCAUUGCUCCGAGCGAUGGAAUUUUUGGGCUCCACCUUCGUGAAGCUUGGACAAUGGGCAUCGACAAGGCGGGAUUUAUUCUCCGAAGAUAUCUGCGAUGUCCUCUCACAUCUCCAAAGACAGAGCAGCACUCACUCCUGGAUGUACACCAAGUGUUUAAUGUCCGCGACAUUUGGUCCGGAGUGGGAAAAUUUGUUCAGAAGAAUUGAGAGAAAGCCCAUUGGUUCAGGAUGCUGUGCGCAGGUUUACAGAGCGUGGGUUAGGAGCGAAAAGAUGCAACUCUAUCGGGCCAGUGAUAAUUCCCAUUUACCGGGCUAUGUACACGUUUUAGAAUUAUUGGGAAUCGGCUUGGUCGUGGAUUUGAUCAAUUCAUAUUUUACAACAACCGAAGAAGUUCCUGAAAAGCUAGAAGUCGAGGAAUUGAUACCUGUUGUUAUAAAAGUUGUACAUCCUAGGGUGGAAAAUUACGUAGAGACUGAUCUAUUCAUGAUUGAGUUGUUUUCCGUUUUGAUAUCACAUUUGGUUCCUUCUCUUCGAUGGCUGGAUCUUCCUGGUUGCACCAAGGAGUUUGCAUCGAUGAUGCGGAAUCAAUUGGACAUGAAGCUAGAAGCCCACAAUCUCCAGCGGUUCUCCUCAAAUUUUUCCAAAAACCAUGCGGUUAUUUUUCCCACUCCCCUGAACAACUUAACAACCCGCAAUAUUCUCGUUGAGAGUUAUCACGAGGGUGAGCAUAUCUCGGGUUAUCUCAAAUCGUCGGAUCAUGCUGAGUUGAAGAAACAAUUAGUCAAGAUUGCCAUUCCCCUGGUUAUGAAAAUGGUGUUUGAGGAUAAUUUCUUCCACUGCGACCUACACCCUGGGAACAUUCUAGUGCAGGAGAGAUUUCAUCAGCAAAUCUUGCCAUUUUGCUCCAGCAGAGGACCACGUCUCGUGAUUCUGGAUUGCGGACUUGUUUCAUCUCUCAAUGAUCGAUGUUUGCAGAACCUACGGGAUGUUCUUCAUUCGAUUGUCACAGGCGACGGUGCCCUGGCGGGUGACUAUAUAAUGCGACACAGCAGCCACAUGACACCAGAUCCAAACGGCUUCAAGACAUCCAUCGAAAAUAUCAUGAAGAGACACAUGACGAAUAAAAUGGGUCUUAAAAAUGUCAACCUAACUGCAGUCAUGAAAGAAUUUUACUCAGCCUUGAUCCAUUACAAGGUUCAACAAGACAGUGCCUUCAUAAAUGUCGUACUGAGUGUUCUGUUGAUCGAGGGACUCGGCAGAAAUUUAGACGUUAAAGACGACAUACUCCAGGAUAUCAUUCCAUAUCUCCGUUGAGCCAAGAUGCUGAAGACUCUUCUCAGCAGGACAGUAGCUGUAUUUCGAGCUGGUUUUCAAGGGGCUAAAUAA